AUGUGUCGCAAAAGUGGUUUAUGGGCAUCACAGACUGACGUCACAGACAUCAAAGCAUCACAGACUGACGUCACAGACAUCAAAGCAUCACAGACUGACGUCACAGACAUCAGUGACCCGAGGUUUGUGUCCAGGAAACGGAACUUCAUCCUCUUCUCCUCUCUCUUCCUCUCUCCUCCUCCUCUCUCUUCCUCUCUCUCCUCCUCCUCUCUCUUCCUCUCUCUCCUCCUCCUCUCUCUUCCUCUCUCUCCUCCUCCUCUCUCUUCCUCUCUCUCCUCCUCCUCUCUCUUCCUCUCUCUCCUCCUCCUCUCUCUUCCUCUCUCCUCCUCCUCUCUCUUCCUCUCUCUCCUCCUCCUCUCUCUUCCUCUCUCCUCUCUCUCCUCUCUCCUCUCUCUCCUCCUCCUCUCUCUUCCUCUCUCCUCCUCCUCUCUCUUCCUCUCUCUCCUCCUCCUCUCUCUUCCUCUCUCCUCCUCAUCCUCUCCUCCUCCUCUCUCUUCCUCUCUCCUCCUCAUCCUCUCCUCCUCCUCUCUCUUCCUCUCUCUCCUCCUCCUCUCUCCUCCUCCUCUCUCUUCCUCUCUCCUCCUCAUCCUCUCCUCCUCCUCUCUCUUCCUCUCUCCUCCUCAUCCUCUCCUCCUCCUCUCUCUUCCUCUCUCUCCUCCUCCUCUCUCUUCCUCUCUCCCCCUCCUCUCUUCCUCUCUCCUCCUCCCUCUCUCUCCUCUUCUCCCUCCUCCUGCUCCUCCUGGGCCGUGA